CGUUUUCCUGCUCCUGAGCUUUCAUUUAUGGGGCAGAGGAGUGUGAAAGUGUGCUUCUUGUUUUCCAUUUUGAAGAAAUAGUUUUUUUCUUUCAGAUAUUUUUUUCCUCUCUUCCUUCCACUGCCUUGGCUGCAACUGUUGGGUCUGAAACUGUGGCAAUUUAUUGCGUUUUGCCGCCUGCAAAAUCCGGCGAAAAGAAUGAGAUCUGCAAUUUCGGUGCACCGUUUUGCUAAAUCCUGACCCAAAGCUUGGUUUUUUAACUCCCCUUCCUUGAGGUUCCAAAUCCCUAAUCCUUACUUCACGUGCUCGUGAGGUCUCGUCAGUGGAUAAAAAUCGCAGCUUUUGUAGAGUUUGGUCCAAGAACGGUUCUUGGCCAUGGAGGUGAGGUCGGAGCAAGGGCUAAUGGCGGGGAGGGAUCUGUUCGGCAUGCCGAAGAGCCCGCCGGCGCCGGCGCCGCCGUCGUCGGGAGCCAUGCAGAGCGUCCGCAUGGCGUACACCUCAGACGGCACCCCCGUGUUCACCCCGGUUAGCGCCGCGGCGGCGCCGCCGGGUUACCAGUCGGGUGGCGGCGCGGGCACCGGCUCAACCAUGCCGGCCGCCGGAGGCAAUGGCGCCGCAGCACUGCCGGACUUGGGGGAGCCCGUGCUCAAAAAGAAGCGCGGGCGGCCGAGGAAGUACGGGCCCGACGGGUCCAUGUCGCUGGGGUUGGUGGCCUCGCCGACGUCUGCAGGGUCGACGCCGGGCGCUUCAGGGCCGUUCUCGCUGACGCAGCCGAAGCCGGCGAGCCUCGCGUCGCCGGUGUCACAAGACGGAGUGAAGAAGCGGGGCCGGCCUAAGGGUUCUACGAACAAGCCGCGCAUCGAUGCCGUUGGAUCAGCAGGAGUUGGAUUUACACCACAUAUUAUUACAGUCCAAGCUGGAGAGGAUGUAUCCUCAAAGAUUAUGUCAUUUACUCAACAUGGAAAUCGCGCAGUUUGUGUUCUUUCAGCAAAUGGUGCCAUAUCAAAUGUUACACUUCGCCAAACUGCUACCUCAGGUGGAACAGUGACAUACGAGGGCCGAUUUGAGAUACUAUCGCUGUCUGGGUCUUUCCUUCUAACAGACCAUGGAGGGCAGCGUAGUCGAACUGGGGGACUCAGUGUUUCGCUUGCUGGUCCUGAUGGUCGUCUCUUGGGAGGUGGCGUUGCCGGACUUCUCAUAGCAGCUACACCAGUCCAGAUUGUUGUGGGAAGCUUCAAUUCUGAAGGGAAAAAGGAGCCGAAACAGCAUGUUUCUUUAGAACCGGCGCCAUUGAAAACUGCGCCGGCCACUGGGAUGGGACCCAACAGCAGUCCCCCUUCAAGAGGCACAUUGAGUGAAUCCUCAGGUGGAGCUGGAAGCCCCCUGCAUCCAGGCAUUGCUCCUCCCAGCAACAAUAGCCAGCCGCCAUUCUUGUCUAGCAUGCCAUGGAAAUGAUACCUUCAUCCUUCACCAAACCUGGAUUCUGAUAGGCUGUCGAUGAACUGCAGCAUCUCUGCAAGAAAGUAGCAACCGUUGCCACACGUUUCUCUAACUAGUUCCUAUGUUGUAGUGUAAAUCUGAAUUUUAAAUUAGGGGAGAAUUUGUAGCUGGUAAGUGUAGCUGUUGUGUAGGUUUCAGUUUCACCCUGGAUUUAUUACGUGCUAGGUAGUAUCUUGAGAGACCUGAUCAUGUUUAUCCUAAUAUCCUGUGCAAUGUUAUCAAAGAUUAUUGUUAUUAUUAUGACCUCUAGUUGCGUUA